UAGAGCCCUUCUCCUGAACAUAUCAGACGUUUACUGCGACCGUUUCUCUCUUAUCUUCAUGUCAGCUGUUUGAAGCAGUCACUCUUACUCCUGCAGGUCCUGUGCUGAGAUGCCCUGAGACAGAGAGUGACGCCCAUCAGAGCUGCAUGAUGGUCUAGCUCCGCCCACUCUCUGUCAGAAUGCUGGCCUCGGUGGUCUCCGGUAAUAAUGGAGGGCGAGCGCUGACCCUGAAGGGUGUUGACCCAGAAACAUGUAUGAUCGUCUUCAAAAACCACUGGACACAGGUUCUGAGGAUCCUGGAGAAGCACGAUCCGGUUCGCGGCGGUGCCGUUGCUCUGCGGUUCGGCCCGAUCCCCGGCGAUGAGGCGAGCGCCGUGCAGAACUACGUGGAGCACAUGCUCUUCCUGCUGAUGGAGGAAGAAAGCGGUCAGGGUGGGGCCAUGGGGACCAUCCUGGAGUUCGUGGUUGUGGAGAACGUGAUGGAAAAGCUGUUUCUGUGGAGUCUGCGGCGCGAGUUCACCGACGACAUGAAGCUGGAGCAGCUGCGCAUGUACAAGAUGCUGGUGGCGCAAGCCAAACAACCUCUACUACACCACAAACCCAUCCUCAAACCUCUGAUGAUGCUGCUGUCUGCCUGCUCCAGCUCCUCCACCGUGGGGCCCUCAUCCUCCUGCACAGUGGGGCCCAAAAGCAGCAGCUCCGCCGCAGGGCUCACCUGCGCCGUGGGACCCAGCAGCUCUGCGGUGGAGGUGGAGCUGGUGUCUCUGCUGUAUCAGCUGUGCCAUGCGCUGGUCAAGGAAGCCUCCGUGCUGGAGCUGUUCUUCCACAGCAGUCAGGAUCAGGGAGCCGCCAACUUCCUGCUCUUCUCUCUGCUGUUCCCAUUCAUCCACCGCGACGGGACGGUCGGUGCCCAGGCCAGAGACGCCCUCACCCUCAUCAUGAGCCUCUCUUCUCACAACAACCUGGUGGCCAAACACAUCGUGGAGAACACAUACUUCUGCCCGGUGUUAGCCACGGGUCUCAGCGGUCUGUAUUCGGGUCUCCCGACUAAACUAGAGGUUUACAGCGAGGGCUGGUUCUGUCUGGAGAGACAAGACUGGCUGCAGCUUCCAGCGCUGUUACAGUUCCUCAACUCACUGCACUUCUGCAGCACUGUGUGCAAGGUGGCUCACCGCUCUAUCAGAGAUCAGCUCCUGGGCUACAUCUACAAUGGUUUUCUGGUUCCUGUCAUGGCUCCUGCGCUUCAUAAGCUGACUCUGGAGGAAGUGAUGACGACGACGGCGUAUCUGGAGCUCUUCCUGCGCAGCAUCUCUGACUCCGCCCUCCUCCAGACCUUCCUCAUCUUCAUCCUCAGACAUCGCCAUGACAACGUCAGCAUCCUGGACACGCUGGUCAGCAGGAUCAACACGCCGUUUCAGCUCGGUACCGUCUCUCUGGCUCUGUUCCGGACUCUGAUUGGUCUGUAUUGUGAAGAUGUCAUGCUGCAGUUAAUUCUCAGGUAUCUGCUCCCGUGUUCUCACCUGACGCACGCUGAGAGACUCCGUCUGCGAGAGAGAGACUGUUACUCCAUCACUGCGUCUGCGCUGCUCUCGCUCACACCCUCCUUCUUCAUUCACAAACCCUGCUCCUCUCCACCGCAGACGCCCAAACCCGACUACAUCCUCUGGUCAAAGGUCACCGAGGGCCUGCUGAGGGGCAACAUGGGAAUGGAGGAUCUGUUCUCAGGUGGAGAUACGGUCGGAUGCUCCCGAAUAACAGCAUCCGAGCCGCUGAUGCACAAGAACUAUCUUCAGUAUCUGUAUGACGCGCGCAGAUCCGUCUGUACGACUGUCCACGCGUGCGACGUGUGGUCGGCUCCGUACGACGGCCUCAAUCCGUCCCCGGACGAGUAUCAGGACGAGGAUGAGGACGAGCGUCUUCCUCGCUCUACUCCGCCUCCUCAAACUCCGACUCCUCAUCCGCCUUCGGAAACCAGCUCCACCGGCGACCGCGAGCGAGUCGGGACGAUACUCGAGCUGGAAUGGGACGAUACGUACGACGCUGCACCAGACAGGGAACCGACGCCCGACGUCCCGGACGAACCCCCGAAACACAUUCAGGAAAUGCGUAAAAACGCCAUCAUGCUGAUUAAAGGAUCUUAUAUAGAGGAGUCGGAAUUUCAGGACGACGUGUUGGUUUACAAUCUGAUCGCGCAAAAAGACGCUCGCGACGACCGGCGGAUGUUCAUCAAAAACGGCUUGAAUAAACCAACCCACAUUAACUACAUAAACAGCAAUCUGAUGCACGCUAAUCACACACUGAACCAUAAUCACGCAGAACAUCCAGAAUCCGAACCGAUUGUGAACGGACGUGGUUUUGAGGAGCAGAAAGCGGAAUUAGAGGGCGAUGCUGCACAUCUGGACCACAACUGCAAUGAGAGCAAAACGGCCGAAGCCGCAGGAGACGACUUCAUCUCUCAGUGUCUGGAGCUGAUUCGGGAUCUGGGAGGAGAGGAAGACUCUGUCGUGGAGGAUGAAGAGCAGCUCCAGCGGCUGCAGGAUCUCCUGCAUGGGGACGAGGAAGAGGAGCUGGACUUUAACUGCUUCUGUGAGGAGUGUGAGGGUGAAGACGAUGCGGAUGAAGAACUGAAUAAAGCCGAGAGCAGGAAACAUGGGAUCUCGUUUACAGGGCCGUUCAUCAGCGUCCUGCUGUCCCGACUGGAGAACAUGCUGGAGAACUCCAUUGAAGUCAACCUGCUGCUUACAGGGAUUUUAGCGCAGCUGGCCACAUAUCCACAACCGCUGCUGCGAGGAUUCAUUCUGAACACCAGACCCGCGUCUCAGACCGGCGCACGCUCACUGUACCAGGUUCUGCUGUCGGUGGGUUGUCAGAUUGAACAGCACGCAGCGUCCAAUCCGGAUUUUCCCGAGCUGGUCCGUGAAGCCGCCCAGUACCUGCUGCUCAAAGACCAGGCCUUAAAAGAGCAAGAGAGAGAAGUCCACCUGCAAGAAAACGCCGGCUGGUUCCUGAAUGGCCACGUCUCGGGUCGUCCAUGCAAACCUCUUCCUCCCUGCCCCAAAAUCCCACCGCAGUUAAGGAACAGAGUGUUCACUACAUUUCUGUUCGCUGAGUUCCUGAAGGAGCUGGCGGCCAUCGCGCAAGAGCACUCCAUAUUACCUGAGCGCACUGCAGAGGAGUGACACACCUCAGAUCGUGAGUUUCCCAUUCAUAUCACAGCUACAAUCAAAUGCAAACAUCUCUGGACACUUUCCCAUUCAUUUCCUAUGGACAGUCAGUUCUGACCUCAAAGAGCCAAUGUGUCUGGGGUUUUUAUGACCUCUUAGACUUAUAGAAGUUCAUUUUUUUUGAACCCCGGUUGUGUUGGGGUCAAAUUGUCCCACACUCAUUUUUAUAAACUGCUUGAAAUACUCUUUAUUUCUUACUGAAAUUUGGCAGAUAUUUUUUAUUUAGCAUCAUGAAUGUGUGUGCAAAGUUUCAGCACAUGGAUGUGUUUUGGAAAGGCUGUACAAAUACUAUUACAACUUUUGUGCUGGGUCAAAUUGACCCAUGCUCAAAUUUUCAAACUGCUCGAAAUACUGGUUAAAAUAUUUAUUUCUUCUUGAAAUUUGGUGGAUAUGAUUCAUUUAGCAGCAUGUAUGUGCAUGCAAAAUAUCAGCACAUGGAUUUGUUUUGGAAAGGCUGUACGGAGUUUGUUACGACUUUUGUGUUGUGGUUAAUUUGACCCACAUAUGUAUUUUAAAUGACUCAAGAUACUGAUCUAACUAUUUAUUUCUUCUUGAAAUUUGGUGGAUAUUUUACAUUUGGGGUCAUGAAUGUGCAUGCAAAGUUUCCGCACAUGGAUGUGUUUUGGAAAGGCUGUGCUGAGAAAUGUUACUACUUUUGUGUUGGGUCAAAUUGACCCACGCUCAAAUAUUCAAAUUGCUCGAAAUACUACUUAAAAUGUUUAUUUCCUCUUAAAAUUUGGUGAAUAUUUUUCUUUUACAGUCAUGCAUAUGCAUGCAAAGUUUCAGCACAUAGAUGCGUUUUGGCAAGGCUGUACAGAGUUUAUUAGGACUUUUGUGUUGGGGUUAAACAUAGCCCUACUGGAUUCUAUGCAAUUCACCAAAAAUCAACAAUCUGAAAAACAUUAAAGAUGCCGGUAAACAACGGAAGACCAUUGUUGUAGCUUCUCAAAGCCUAAAAUAUGAAAUACAUGUGAAUUUAUGAAAUUUAAGACUCAACGUUUACUCGAAAUUGAGUAGCUGUUUUUUUUUUUUUUAUCUAGUUGGGUUUCACAAUAAAUAAAAAAAUCUUUUUGUAAGUUUUUAGGAUCUCAAUUACUAGUCUGUUGCAGCACUGAAAAAGUGUGAGAAACUCAUUACAAGGGUUUGACAAAGAACAUUACAAUAAAACAUUGGGAGGUACAAAUCGCAAUCAAAACUACUUACACCAAGUACAAAUAAUGUUAGGUACUGUUUAUACUUGUAGUUAUUUCCACCUACAAUCCUACAAUGACAAAAACGUAUUUUGUGUCUGUGAAACAUGAAAAUAUCAAAAUGUGUGGUCAAAUUGACCACUAACACAAUAGAAAUAACACCAUAAAAAUAAAUGAGAGUUAUUACAUUUCUUACAUACUUUAUAUUUGUUAGUCUCUGACCAUCUACAUGAAUCUUUAGUGUUUUUAUGGUGUUUAUUUUUGAAAAAUUGCAUGAAAACCAAUGUGGGUCAAUUUGACGAACACACUCUAAAACUGUACUCAGUUUUUGAACACAACAGAAGGCUUAAACACAAUAGAACUGGUCAAAAAUGAGCGAAAAGCACAUUAGCGUUAACUUCAUUAGCAUACAGAUGAGCUCAAAGCUACAAACAUGCACUCGAAGCCACAGAAGAUUUAUUUGUUUGGUUUGGAGGUUCCGGUUUAUGGUUCACAUGAAGUCUGGUACGGUUUGUAACUGCUAUUAAAGAGAUCUGUACCUAAUUUGAGCAAGUGAACCUUCACUGAUGUAUAAUUUGAUGUACUGAAGGGGGUCAGAUGUCUUAUUUCUGUGUCUUUUAGCUCAGUUUUCAGAAACACAGCACAGUCUUCAUGAUAAUGCCUCUUUUAAAGGAACAGUUCACCUCAAAAUAAACACAUUUACUCAAAGAGUUUGCAAAGAAUCACCACUGAUUUUAAUUUCAGAAAACACAUAUCAAGCUCUAAAAUGGACAAAAAAAGCACAAUAUCAGACUCAUGCAGUAUAUUCCUAAGCACAUUUUCAUUUUUGCCUGAACUGUUGCUUUAACAACCAAACUCUUUUUGUCUUUUGUUGAUUCAGACUUUGUGUUUUAUAUUAUAUGGGUUGUUAUAUUAUUAUUUGUGUAUAGAUGAAUCACUGUAAUUAGUAUUUUAAACCUGUAGCAUGUUAUUUGUGUGUGUGAAGCUUCCUGUGACUGUGCAUCUUCUCAAAACUACAUAACGUUCAGACAACUCCUCAGAAAACAAAAUAAUGAAAUACAUUUUAUUUCCAUAAUGUGAACAUUUCUGAGAACAUUCGAUGAGAAAAUGCAGAUUACGAAGACAAGCUUUAAAAUGCACUGAACAUGAAUUAAGAAAGUCAUCAGAUUUGAUUAUUUUGAUUUCAUGUUGACUCUAAGCACUUCACAAAAAUAAUUUAUGAAAAUAGUUUCAUGUUGUAUUCCACUGAAUAAUCAGGGGAAACAUUUCUGUCCACCUGAUUUAUCUCAACACUGAAUUGAAGCCGAUGUGAGUUACGUGAUGCUUUUCAGAUCAUUUUUAGAAACAACUGUCACUGAAGUCACUUUAAAAUCUGUCAUUUUCAGCUACAAACUCAAACUGAGAACUCUAGAACCAAAAUCUGAAGAGAAGAAUUGAAUAACUCAAAUGUAACUCAAAAUAACAUGAGCAGGAUUUCAAGCCUUAUUUUGCUGUGCAUUUGUACAUUUGUUAAAACUGAAGGAGAAGAAGCUUUUUGAAAUGUUUUAUGACCUGUUAUGAUGUCAGUGUAAAGUUUUGUACACAUAUUUUUACAGAUCAAUCAGUCAGGAGGAGGACAACAGAAAUAUGGUUUGUUUUUAAUAUGAGCCUUUGUAAUAUUAUUCUGCCCCCUGCUGGUAAAAUAAAACUCCAUUUGUGGUGUAUACAGUA